CAUGUACUCCUCCCAUUCCUACCCACAAAAGCCUUCGUCGAAGCCAGGGAGAGCCGCAGAUCCCGUUCCAAGUGGCUUCUCGACAAUGAUGCCUACCUCUGCUUCUUUCCGCUUUCGGAAGUUUUAGGGUUCUCCCAUCGGCCACUUGCUCCGCACUGAUUCCUUCCUUUCCCUCGGUUCUCACGACCAACCACUUGCCCAUCUCCUGCUACCCGGUCCUCUCCGUGGAUUUCCGCCCUCGAUCGACUCGUAGCCGGCGCGCCGCACCUCCUUUCUCUUUGGGAUUUCAGUGGAGCUCUGAGUUUUUGAUACAGAUGUGGAUCUUUUGGCGGUAGUUAUCAGAUUGAUCGGUUCACAAAAUUUGCCUCGUCCCUGAUGUUGAGGAACGCUUUCGCUAGUCAUGGAAGGGCCAGCUGAAGUAAAUGAGACAUUUGAGAGCUCGGUCGAUGCUCCUCAUAUUAAAAAAACAGAGAAUGAUCAACCACCGGAGCAGCCAAGCCCCAACAAUGCCGCAGAAACACACGCGCCACUUGUCUCACAGGAUGCAGAAUGGGCCGAGCACUUCACCUGGCUGCAGACACCAGAGAUGUUUCUUGAACGUAUGGCUGGAGGGAGCUUAAAUUGCGAUCCACAUGCACAUUCUGGGCCUGAACCACAUAGCUCAGACGCUCACUCUUUGAGCAACCAAGGAGAAAUGGUGGAAGAGCUGACUCUGAAUAACUAUAAGAAUCCUAAUUUGUCUCUGGGCAGUAGCACAAGUAGUGGGGAGAAAACAUCAGUCCGGAUGGGCCUAUGGCAGAAUUUCACAAGACAUGCAGGAAAAUCGAGGGACACAGCAACCAGGAAGUCCUUGUCGAUGGGUCAUAAUGAUGAUGUGGAUAACAGGUUUCUGCCUCCGUCGGGCACACAGAGGCCUAGUCUAGCCACACAGUCAGAGCCAAAAGAUUCUAGGUUCCCUGAGCAUGUGUCUAAGAUUGACAAGCAUAUCAUCCCAAGUACUACUACAACAAAAUCUCCUGCUGCAAUCCGGACUAAGGUUCUCUCCGCAUCUGGAUUUCAACAAUAUUUGGUCAAGACUACAUUGAAGGGUAAGGGAGUUGUAUAUAACCAUCAAGAAAAUCGUGAUGAGCCUGGUGUUGUGAUCUCUCGUCAAAAUAUUGAAAAGCCUAAUGCCAAUCUGAACGUGACUUUUAAAUCUUCACAUAGUCCUAGUUGUAAAGUGGAUUCUAUAUCUUUCAAACAUUUAGGAACUUCAAAUCCCUAUAGCGAAGGAAUUACCUUGAGGGAAUGGCUUAAACCUAAGCGCCACAAGAUAAAUAAGGCUGAGCGCAUGCAUAUAUUUGAGCAGAUCCUGGAUUUUGUUGACAUCUGUCACUCCCAACUUCUUGUUUUGCAGUAUUUACGGCCAUCAUACUUUAUCAAGUAUCCCUCCAAUCAGGUUAAGUACAUUGGGUCCUUUGUUCCUCAGAGCCAGAUGGAGUUACCAGAUUUAGUAAUGCAAGAUAUUCACCAUCUGGAUCAUCAGUCAAAAAGAAAGAGGUGUACAGACCAGGACAAGGAGACUCAUGAAGUUACGGUUCUGAAGCUUCAGAAAUUUCGUGAUCAUAAUAGUGACAGUAAUGAGCAUCACACAUAUCCUUUUACGGGUGGUUCUGUAGGAGAUGAUCGAGGUGAAGAAAAGGAAGCUGAUAGUUUUAGAGCAGGAACUACUGGCAGUGCUUUCAGGGCAGUGAAAUUGGAGAAAUGGCAUAAAGGUCAUAACGAGAAUUGCAGUCCAGGUAUAUCUAGUUCUAUCAGCCAGCAAUCCAUAUCUGAGCUGGUGAAAUUGGAGGAGAAGUGUUAUACUAGCCCUGAGGAGAUAAAUGAUUAUAUGUGCUCCUCCGCAUCAAAUAUCUACAGUCUUGGGGUUUUUCUUUUUGAGCUAUUAUGCUGUUUUGAAACAUGGGAAGUGCAAUCUGCCGCAAUGUUGGAUUUACAGCAUCGGAUUCUUCCACGAACCUUUUUGUCAGAAAGUCCCAAGGAAGCUGGCUUCUGUCUUUGGUUGUUGCAUCCUGACCCUUCUUCUCGGCCAAUGUCAAGGGAUAUUAUUCAAAGUGACCUGUUAAGUGAACGUAGAAAUUUUCCAUCAUUAGAUAACUCAUCGGCUUUGAUUGAAGAGGAAGAUGCAGAAGCAGAUUUGUUAUUACACUUUCUCUUAUCUUUGAAAGAACAAAAAAAGAUGCAGGCCUCAAAACUAGAAGCACAACUUAGUUAUUUAAAGGCAGAUAUUGAGGAGGCUGAACGAAGGCUCAUAUCAAAAACACAGUUAUUUUCUGAUGACAGAGGUUUCCGAUCAAAAUUUAUAGAAUCAUCCAGCACUUACUAUAGUGAAAAAUCUGUUGGUAAUGCUGGAGCAAUAUCCACGCUAUCCAAAUCAAAUAAGUAUGAGGAGAGGUUAAUGAGGAACAUUGAUCAGCUUGAAAGUGCAUACUUUUCCAGGUGCUCGAGGAUUGGAACACCUGAAUUUAUUGCUGCAAUGCGUUCUGACUAUGAUGUUCUCAAGAUCCGUGAUAGAUGCUCCCAGCUCCUGAAUGAUGCUGAUGAAGCAACUGAUCAUCUAGGAACCUUUUUUGAUGGUUUAUGCAAGUUUGCUCAAUACAGUAAAUUUGAAGUUUGUGGAAGUCUGAAGAAUUUAGACAUCGUCAACUCUGCAAAUGUCAUUUGUUCUUUGAGUUUUGACCGUGAUGAAGACUAUUUUGCUGCAGCUGGAGUAUCAAAAAAAAUUAAGAUUUUCGAGUUUGGUGCUCUUUUAAAUGAGAGUGUUGAUGUUCAUUACCCACUGAUUGAAAUGACUAGUGGAUCCAAGCUCAGCUGUGUAUGUUGGAAUGAUUAUAUAAAGAAUUAUUUAGCUUCAACUGAUUAUGAAGGCAUUGUUCAGGUUAGGGUUUGGGAUGCUUCGACUCCUUAUGCCCGCCAGGAGGUUAGGGUUUGGGAUGCCUCGACUCCUUACGCUCGCCAGGAGGUUGCACUGCCAUUGUUUGCUGCUCGACGGCUCACUCUAUUGUGGGAUGCAAGCACCGGGCAAGGAUUCACAAAGUUUGCUGAGCAUAAAAGACGAGCAUGGUCUGUCAAUUUCUCGGUUUUGGAUCCAACUAUGUUGGCCAGUGGAAGUGAUGACUGUACUGUGAAAAUAUGGAGUAUCAAUGAAAAAGGUUCUAUUGACACUAUCAGGAAUGUGGCCAAUGUGUGUUGUGUCCAGCUUUCACACUCGUCUCAUCUCUUGGCUUUUGGCUCUGCCGAUUACAAAAUUUACUGUUAUGAUCUAAGGAACACUAGAAUUCCCUGGUGUACUCUGUCUGGACAUGGAAAGGCCAUCAGCUACGUGAAAUUCUUAGACUCGGAAACAAUUGUUUCGGCAUCGACCGACAACACCCUUAAGCUUUGGGAUCUCAAGAGAACAAACCCAAGUGGCUUAUCCACCAAUGCUUGCAGCCUAACUUUAAGUGGUCAUACAAAUGAGAAGAACUUUGUUGGCUUGUCUGUUUGUGACGGGUAUAUAUUGUGUGGUUCAGAGACAAAUGAAGUUUAUGCUUACUAUAAGACAUUUCCCAUGCCAAUGACUUCUCACAAGUUUGGAUCCAUUGAUCCAAAUACGGGACAAGAGACGAGCGAUGAUGAUGGACAGUUUGUCUCAAGUGUCUGUUGGAGAGGGAAGUCAGAUAUGGUUAUUGCUGCAAAUUCCACAGGAAGAAUAAAAGUGUUGCAGCUGGUUUAAGAAAAGUUGCAGGUAGCAAUGAGCUGGCAGUCUCAAAACAUUGGUGAUGCUUAUAUGACAAAUUAUGUGUGGUUUCCUCACCUGGCGCCAAUCUCAAAACUGAGAUCAGGUACCAAAGCUUCAGAUGAGAAAUAAAUUCUAAGCUGUGCGGACCCAGUACUCCUGAGAUUUAGGUACCAAUUACCCUUAAAGAACUUCCACAGUUGAGCUUUUACCCAAAAUGUUUUGGUUUUAGAAGACAAUUUGUUGCAUGACCAGGAGAUUGCAACUGUCAUCAUCAACCAAGCCCGGAGUUGGAUCCUCGGCACAAUCAAUUGAUUGAUGGACACAAAGUGGCCGCCAUUAGAGUAUUCCAAAGUUCGAAUGCUCUGUAAGGCUGGCUGUCGAUAGUAGGUUAUUGCUUAUGCUGGGAGAGGCACAUUCCUUGCUCUUUUGAGUGGGAAUGAGGGUUGUAUAAGAUUGUGUGUUUUCUGAGAAUUUUGUACAUUGUGUACUAUAAUUAACUGCUAGUGAUUCUUUCUUACAGAAUAUAAGGUUAGAUGAAAACGGGAUAUAGAAAACCCAUUGUGCUGUAUCUAAUGGAACAGUUUUGAUGUUCUACUAUGUGGAUGACAUUGUAGGCAAUAUUCGAGUUCUGAUUAAGAAUCAUGUUUACUGAUGACA